GCAGAUUAAAUCACAAUUGAAUCGCCAUUUGUCAAUAUGGAGCCAGACAAUCUGUCGCUCACUAACAUGGACGACAAUGUGGCGGAAUCUGAAGCGGAGCCGCAGCCGGGCUACACUCAUGUACCAUAUAUGCCUAUUGCGCUUACAGGGGCAACGAAUAACCCUCUGAUGGCUGAGCAUAUUGAACGCGUUGAUGAUCUGCCGGAAUAUCCUGUGAGUCAUGAACAGGGAUAUGUAUAUGCUGUUAAGGCUGGCGGGCGCUCUCGGGAGGAGCUGGUACAGAUGAUCUACAAGGUUCAAUAUCCGUGGUCUCAGCAAAAUGGAAAGAAGGAGCUGGUCUUCUCGCCCUAUCUCAGCUGCCGUGCCAGAAAAUUGACAUGGAAAUGCUCGGGGAUAUACUGCUGUGAAUUUCUAGACCAGAAGAUUCGGUCAUAUCAUCAUACUUCUGUUGAUGAGAGCAUCUGGCAGGACAUAGAAAAGCUCCAGGGCCCUGAUAAACUUUUAAAGAGCGAUAUGGGCAAGCGGAAUGCAUACAACUACUAUCGCACCAAGGUUUCGCUCUUCAAGAUAAAGCAUGCUUGCAUUGAUCAACUUCCCGAUUGCAAGCCUGUUUUCAGGCGCUUUGCGCCCAUGGGGGCUCAGGACAUCUCAGCUCCAUAUAUCGGCUGCAGUAAUGGCACAGAUGAUUUCUUAUCGAAGCAUCACCGCGCGACAGGCAUUGCUCCUACAAGUAUGGAUCUUGAUUUCUUAGAAGAGCUCUUUAAUAAGGACAUCCUACCGCCCCCUGAAUUGUGUGGUACGAUUGAGCCGGUAUCUAGUCGCAAGAAACACUGCGACCGCGACCAUCCACAGGGACGGGGGCAAUUAGAACAUCUACCCUGCGAGGUUACAUUCCAUGCUUUGGUGCCUGCGGAUCUAGAACAGUGCCCUUACAUUGUGUUUAGCUCGCACGGGGUCCACAAACACCCGCCACCAAUGCAUACUAAAACGCCAAAGCGUAUCCCCGAGGGAAGUUAUGACGUGGGAGACCAGAAGAGAGGCCGAGGCCUGACUACUAAACAAUUCCUUGAGUCUCCUGAGGUUGCGGAAUUUUGCCGGCAACAUAACGCCUCUUCCCUGGCUGAAAUUCAUCCCAGUCUUGCUAAUAACGACGUGAUUACUCGUCUGAUUCGGAAACAACGCUUGGAGCGUGAAGCAGCCGAGGAAGAUAUCAAUAGUUUAAUACGUUCCAAAGAGACUGAUGAGGAUAUGGACGAGUAUUUACUAGCGUGUUUCAGUGAUGGAGGCGAUAUCAUGGUUGGGUGUGCCUAUGGUGACCAGAUCGCGAUAUUGUCACAGAUGUUCUCAUUCGAUAUCGACAAAUCGGUUAAACGUGUCGGCUCAAAAGACAUGAAUGAGAUAUCCUUUACGACCUUCCUUCCACAACAUAAUAAACUCAUUACUUUCUUGCGGGUAUUUACCAACUCUAACUCGCCCGAUCGCUACUCCUUUCUGUUCGAAAAAGUCUUUGGUAUUCUUGAAGAUUCUUCGCCUUUUCCACUUCAAUUCGGCCAUAUCCAUGGUUCUGGGCUCGGCGAUAUCAUGAUUGAGUCGGGCACACCACAUUACACAGGCCUGGGCCAAUAUCUUUCGGAAAUCGACCCACUGCAUCGUCAACCAUCAUGGCAUCUAGAAAAGGCCUGUGCGAAGAUAGAUCGUGCUGGGAUACCUUCCGUCCGACAGCCCAUGGGCACUGGUGAACAAGCUGGCCAGAUCACGCAAAACCUUUCCUCAGGACGCUAUAGUACUCGAGAGAGAUACUCAUCUCUUUUACAGAUGGUGCAAAGUUUCGCGAAAACCGACAAACACGAUAUCGUGCAGUAUAAAUAUUUCCUGUGGGAGAAUAUCUACCGCUCGUAUCGCAAUCCAGAUAGGGAGAUGAUUCAGUUCUACAUGGGUCAUCAGCGUGAACAUGAGAGUCGAAAGCGUCGUAGGUCGGAUUCUGAUUCAUCUCGCUCAGCAUCAACGUCAGAUGAAGUGGCCAGACUAGAUAUGCCAGCUUCUCGCUUUGGGCAGCCGCUGGAUAUCGGUGAUGAUAUGGAUGUUGUACCUUCAAUUGAACAUCCCGAACCUCCUGAAUCUGAAGUUUUGGAUGACACGCCAUCCUAUGCAGAAAGGCGUAGGGAACUUGAAUACCAGAAAGAGAUGGCUGAACUUGAUGUAGAGCUUGCCCGGUUGAAGGUACGGCGAAUAGAGCUAAAGAUAAGCACGCUUGAGCUGGAUGAGAGAGAGAGAAAAAAAGAAAUUGAGCGGAUCGCGUGAAGCCGGGGGAUUGGUACGUCUUUGUAGUCUUCAUUAUGAAGAAAAGAUAUGAUUCUGGGUAUUUGACGUUGUGUACAUAGAACUGGUAGGGGAUGAUUUCAGGUACUAAUGCUUUAUAGUGAUAUUUUCAUCAGGCGUCGGGC